AUGGAAAAUGUUACUUCAAAUCCAGAUAACCAGACGCUUGGUCCAUGGACUGAUUAUAGCAUGGAAUACAAAGUGGUCAGCAUAUUUUUUGUGAUCCUUAUCUGUGGGAUAGGAAUAGUUGGAAACGUUAUGGUGAUACUAGUUGUUCUUACAACCAAACACAUGCGGACACCGACCAACUGUUACCUGGUGAGCUUGGCGGUGGCCGACCUGAUGGUUCUGACUGCAGCGGGACUACCGAAUAUUACAGAGAGUUUCUAUGGAGGAGGCUGGGUGUACGGAUACGUCGGGUGCCUUAGCAUAACUUAUUUCCAGUACUUGGGCAUCAACGCGUCUUCAUGCUCCAUCACCGCUUUCACCAUUGAGCGGUACAUAGCCAUCUGCCACCCCAUAAAAGCGCAGUUUAUGUGCACUCUGUCAAGAGCAAAGAAAAUCAUCGUGGUCGUUUGGGCUUUUACCUCGCUCUACUGCGCCUUGUGGUUUUAUCUGUCUGACACGAAAGAGUUGACUUACGACAAUAUUACCUUGGUCUCAUGCGAAUACAAAGUGUCAAGAAAUCUUUACCUGCCAAUCUACUUCACUGACUUUGCCGUGUUCUAUGUGGUGCCUCUCAUGCUAGCCACUGUUCUGUAUGGAUUUAUCGCUAGAAUUCUUUUCCUCAACCCAUUGCCGGCAGACCCCAAGGAAAAUACUAAAAAGUGGAAAAAAGAAUCAUGCCAAGGAAACAGGAUGAUGAGCACCAACAAUUCAUCCUGUAGCACAACUGCCCGCUCUCGCAGGCAGGUGACUAAGAUGUUAGCUGUGGUGGUGGUGCUCUUCGCCCUCCUCUGGAUGCCCUACCGGACGCUGGUGGUGGUAAACUCCUUCCUGGACAAGGCUUACCUGGACCACUGGUUCCUACUCUUCUGCCGCAUCUGCAUCUACCUGAACAGCGCCGUCAACCCUGUCAUCUACAACGCCAUGUCUCAGAAGUUCCGCACCUCCUUCAAGAAGUUGUGUCACUGCGGUCCGCAGCGAUUGGAGAAGCCGGCGUCUUACAGCGUGGCCCUGACCUACAGCGUCAUCAAGGACACAACCAAUGGAGAGAGCCCUGACCAUUUUACUACCGAGAUGGACCAGUUGGCCACGCCCACACCCAGUGACCAGUUCCUGCCCAGCACCAAGAGGAUGUCAUUCGAGGACCCCUCUCUGUCAGGCAGGGUUGCCCUUAGCACUCCCUGA